GGGAGAUAACUUUCGCGAAACCAAAAUGGCGACCACUUCUGAAGAUCACCAAGACACCAAGAAGAGGAAGCAUGAUGUGGAAAUAAUAAACGAGAAAGAUUCAGAUACAUGCGUCUUUCGUGAUUUCCAGAUUUGCAGGAUUUUGCGAGAAGAUGCUCGAAAUAAAAUGGUUAUUCUUCAUGGUAAUUUUGAGGGCGACCCUUCCAAAGAUGCGGUUGUCAUCUUGGAAAAGCUUCCUUUUGUCCGUGAGAAGCUUCAGAAUACCUUGCGUUCAAAGGAAAGCAAAACUGAGACGACUCUGAGUAACGAUAUCUACAGCACGCAUCAAGUGUUUUCUGCGCGAAUUGUUCCGGACUCAAAAGCUACAAUGAUUUACCCAGCAACUAACAAACAUAUCGAUAAAUAUAGUGAACAUCCAGCCUUUAUUGUGCGAGAAACUCCAGAGCUGUAUGCAACAGUCACUCUACCAUGUCUCCAGGCCAGCAAAUUCAGCACUCAGUGGGUAAGCAAUAUAUUGGAGAAGAAGUCUGAGGCUGAUCGCAUAGUAUUUGAAGAUCCUGAUCCAGAAACUGGUUUCAUUUUAUUGCCAGACAUGAAAUGGAACCGCACAGACUUGGAUUCUUUGUAUCUGGUUGCAAUUAUUCACAAGCAUGGAAUUCACUCUAUAAGAAAUUUAACAGCUCAACAGUUACCAUUGCUGCAAAAUAUCUUGGACAAGGGAAAAGCUGCCAUUUUCGAUCAGUUUCAAGUUCCUGCAUCAAAACUGCGCAUCUAUUUUCAUUAUCAACCAUCUUAUGCCCACUUGCAUGUGCACUUCACUCAUGUGAAAUUUGAUGCACCUGGUUCAGACUGCCUCAGAGCUCACCUUGUAGAAGAUGUUAUCAGCAACCUACAGAUAGAUGGUGAUUUUUACAAGAAGAAGCUGUUGAUGUUUGUUGUCCGUGAGCAUGAAGACCUAUACAAAUCUUAUAAGGCAGCUGGGCAUUUUGAAUAAAGGGAUUGUUGAGUGAA